UUCCACAAGCCCCUUCGACGCGAUAUUUCGCCGUUCUCCGCCGCGCCAUUAAGCCGGCCGCUGGAGGAAAAUGGAAAGCGCCCUGAGCAUCAGUUGGGAUACGAAGUUGCUUUACAUGCUCAGUUGGCUGGAGAAUCAUACCUAAAGCAACGAACAACGUUUUGAAAUUGUAUGGCAAUGACGAGUUUAUCAAAAAUAGGGAGGGAAAUAGGAAAUGCUGUUCAGCAAAUAGGUAAUAAGAAAGGUGGAGGAUGGUAUGGCCCUUUCAUGGCUGCAGCCUCUAGAGCCAUCGUUGACCGAAUCCCAUUGGUUGAUCUUGUCCUUGAAAUCAGAGAUGCUAGGAUUCCAUUUUCAUCAGAGUUUGAACAAUUGAGGAACUACCCUUUUUCAUCUAGGCGAAUCUUAGUGCUCAACAAAAUGGAUCUUGUUAGUCAUUCUCAAUUAAAGGAGUGGAUGAACUAUUUUAACCAACGAAAUUGCAUUUCUUUUGGUGUCAAUUCCCAUAAUAGGGACAAUGUGAAAGAGUUUCUCAACUUUUUGCAAGCUCGAGUCAGGGAAUUGAAGAAAACUGAUCAUCCGAGUCAUACCAUAACGGUAAUGCUAGUUGGGGUUCCUAAUGUUGGUAAGUCAGCUCUUGUCAAGUCCUUGCAUCACAUUGGAAGGAUUAGUGCUGCAGAGAAAGGAAAGCUCAAGCAUGUAACGGUAAACCCACAGCCAGGAGAGACGAAAGACAUUAACAGCUUCAAGGUGACAGGCUUCUUUCCUUUCUGUCUUCUAUUUUCUCUGCAACUUGAUGCGCAUAAGAGGAUAAGAUUCCAGAUUGCUAGCCAUCCCAAUAUUUAUGUGUUGGACACCCCUGGUAUUUUGCCUCCUGAGAUCCAUGACAUUGAGGUGUGCUCCAAGCUGGCUUUAACAGGAGCUAUUAGGGACUCUUUUGUUGGGGUAAAGAAACUUGCUGAAUUUUUUCUGGCAAUUCUCAACUCCAGUGAUGAAUACAAGAAGUGGGCAAAAUUUUCCACCUAUGAGAAUGACAGAUCCAACUUGCAGCACAAUGUGGAGCAUUCAACUGGCCCUGAGUUGGAGAAGAAACAGAAAAGGCGAUAUCCCUCAGACCACACGCAGGAUUUUAUUGUACAGAAAGUUCGGCAGACUCUUUUUGAGGUAACUUCAUGUUUCGGUGGAAAUGUGGAAAAAGAGGAGGAUAUGGUAAGGCUUAUUGACCUACAAUUCAAAGCUUUAAAGGAAAUUUUCCAGGUUCCAGUGGAUUUAAGUGAGGAUCCUAACACUAAAGUUGCUUCUAAGUUGCUUAAUCUUUAUCGCACUGGGAGGCUUGGACAUUAUACUUUAGAUCCUGUUCCAAGGAGAACCUCAAAUUGACAGUCAAUAGGGGAGUCUUCAUUUCAGGGGCCAGUUGUUUCUUGCUCAUUUCAGUCGUUAUCCCCCGUCCAUAGCUAGAAAGGUUACAUGUUUUAUGGAGAAUGCCUGUACUUCUAUAUUUGUUAAUGAGAAUAUAUUUCAAGAAGUGGUGUACACAUUUUUGUAUUUGUAUUUGUAUUUGAUAUAAGAUACCAUGUUAUCAGGCUACCCUCAUUCAGUUCCAUAACUUUAUUAAACCAAAUCUCACUAAUA